AUGUUCCAAGCAACCCACCCUCUCUCAUCUGGCCUUAUCCAACGAGGGGUGCUAUUUUAUCCCCCAUAUCACAUUUUCCAGAUCCCCCCCCCCCCAAGCUCCACCUCAGCUGUUGAGCAGGAAACACUUGACCACAGUAUGCUUACUCAAGAAGAUAUUGAUAUACAGGUCUAUGGCAGUGAGCUACCAAACCUAGGGCCCAACUUCCAUUCUCCACAAUCCCUCCUUGCUGCUGCUGACUAUUAUGAGGCAUAUAAUGGAGUCAUGGUUGCAGGUGCUCAGCCCCUGACUGCAUAUCAUGCACAUCACCUACUGCCUGACCCUGAGGGAUGUGCCCUCAAGCAUGUGAUGGAUAAUGCAUUUGCAGAGAUCCAGCAGCAGGUGCCAUCAGAAGACCCACCCUCCCAGGGGCAAUUGGCAGAGUUGGAUGAUGAGAUCCUGGACAUCAAAUUCAAAUUAGAUGACAAUGCAGAUUUUGAACUCCACAUACUCCAUGACCUCCUUGCCAAUUUUGAAAUUCCAAGUUCCUGUGGAAAGCUUCCUGUGGACAUAGGUGCACCAGCUGGUGGCUCUUUGACCGCUGACCAGUGGUUACUACUUGCAACUGUGUAUGGCCCAAUUGCACUAUGGACCAUUGGCCUGGCAAAUGCACAACAAGAUGGCUCUCUUGCUGACUGUGUGGCACUGAUUGCCAAACAGGAAUCCAAGAAAAAAUCCAAGGAGGUGAAGAAACAGUCAGAUGCUCAGGCACUCAAAGACAUGUGUUCUCAAGGAAGAGAGGCUGUUGCUGCUGAGAAGGCUUGCAUAACCACAGAGAAAGCCACUGCCAAUGAGGCCAAAAAGAUGGAGAAGGUUAGACUCACAGCAGAGAAGAAUGCCAAAAAGGCUCAAGAUGCUGAGCUCAGGCAGCUUGCAAAAUUGAAAGCAAACACAAGUCACAUCCCUGGGGAGUGCAUCAUGGACACAACCAUGGCAGAUGUGCCAGAUGAAAACCAACAAGAUGACAUAGACAGCAAAUGCAUUCUUCACCCUGAUGAUCCCCCCAAUUUCCUCAAGCUAUGUGCUGCCAUCUGCCUCUUAAUUGGGAACUUGAUCAGUGAUCAGGAGAUUUCAGCCACAGAUGCACAUCUGCAAGAGUAUUGUAUGGAGCUCAUCCAAAUGUUCACUGCUGACAUUUGA